GAAAGAGGGGGAGGGAGUCAGUUCAAGCGGGGAUUAUUAGGAGUGGGUCACUAUUGGAAGACAACAUUCACGUUGAGGGAAAAGGCAGUAAAAACAGGGCAUCAAAGCUGCAUAACAAUAUCAGAGGAGGGAGAUCAGACACUAAGUCGACCACCAUCAGCGCUGACGUCCGGCGUUGGCAGAUACGAGCAGUUUCCUCCGGCACUCAGCAUCCAAUUACAAUGGACGAGCUCAGCCUGUGUGGACUCUAAACCGCUGCCCAGUCAAAGCAAAGGGGGGAAAGCCGACGGAGCGGAGGAAGGGAAACAAUGAUGUGGUUCAUCUGUCUGCAGUGAUUUGAAGUGGGAUUUCUCUUAUUUCUCUUAUUUAUUUAUUUAUUUGUUGUCUUGCCCGAGCAAGUGAGCCGACUGCUGCCAAGAUCAAGUCCACUCACGCAAGGAAACGGUUUUGUCUCUGUGGGCCUUCUGUAAAACCACCAUGGUCCUUUUGUGGUUCUCCAGACUCACCCUAAUCACCCUGGCCUGCAUCCUUCGAUUAUCUGUGGGCUGCCCCUCUGGCUGUCGCUGUUACAGCCUCACUGUGGAGUGCGGAUCUCUUGGGCUCAAAGAAAUCCCACAGGGUGUGCCCUCUGUCACUGAGACCAUCUUCCUCCAGGACAAUGCUGUAGUGCAGAUCCGUCUUCAGGACCUAACUCGGUUGGACAGUCUGCAUUACCUUUAUCUUCAGAAUAACAGCAUCUCAGCCCUGGAGCCUGGGGCGUUUCUCAGCCAGAGGCACCUACUGGAGCUGGCACUCAAUGGGAACCUCAUCCACCUGGUCACCCCUGACAUGUUUCGGGGUCUAGAGCACCUCCGGAUCCUGUAUCUGGCUGGGAACCAGAUCACUAGAGUACAGGACUACACUUUCAGGGGACUGCAGCGCCUGCAGGAACUCCACCUGCAGGAAAACAGCAUAGAGCUGCUAGCAGAGGAAGCUCUGUCUGGCUUGUCAUCUCUGGCUCUGCUGGACCUCAGCAGAAAUCACCUCCGCACCCUGGGACCCUCGUCCCUCAAGCCUCUCAUCAGCCUACAGGUGCUCCGUGUCACAGAGAACCCAUGGCGCUGUGACUGUGCUCUGGGCUGGCUGAGAACCUGGAUCAGAGAAGAUGGACAGCGUCUGUUGAGCUCUGCUGAACAGCGUCGGCUCAUGUGUUCUGAACCACCUCGCCUCUCUCACCUCAGCCUGGUGGAGGUGGCUCCAAACAGCCUGGUCUGCAUCCCUCCCGUAGUACAGCUUGAGCCCAGCCACCUAACUGUGAGACUGGGGGAGAGUCUCCGUGUCUCCUGCCAGGCCUCAGGAUAUCCUCAACCUCAGGUGACAUGGAAGAAAGCCUCCCAUGGCAAGCCCCAGUUAUCUCCUCGAGGCCUGGUCCAAGAGCUGGGACCUAAUGGUGAGCUCUUCAGGCCUGGGUCUGGAGGAGUGGUGACAGCUCUGCCCAGCAGUGGAGCGAUCAAGGUUGGAAGUGGUGGAGGAAUCCAGGGGCUUGUGCGUGGUGCUGAAGAGGGCGGCGAGAGGGACAGCUUUGAUCCAGACAUGGGCAGCGGCAUGCUGUUCCUCAGCAAUGUGACUGUAGCGCAUGCUGGGCGCUACGAGUGUGAAGCCUGGAACCCUGGUGGUGUAGCUCGAGUUACCUUUCAUCUGGCUGUCAACAUGUCCUCUUCCUUAUAUUCAUCCCAGUUCUGGCCUCGUUUGAACACACACUCCUUUGUUUCCUCUUCAUCUAACUCCUUCUAUCAACCUGAGGUUCUGGAUGUCAGUCAGGAGCUGCUCUAUGAACAGGACAGCAUGGACUUCAGCGCUCUGGGUCCUGCCACGCAGACUGCCAUUGCUAUUGGUAUCUCCUUGCUGGCACUCACUGCCAUUCUGCUCUUGAUUAUGAUCUACACUCGCCAUCAGCAGUACCACAAAGAAGAAGGUGGUUCCUACUGUAACAGCAAGGAAGAGAGCAUCCUCUAUGUGAACGACUACUCCGAUGGACCCACCACCUUUGCACAGCUGGAGGAGUACCGCGACAACCAUGGCCACGAGAUGUAUGUACUGAACAGGACAAAGCCUGUCCUGGGCUCCACUUCAUCCAGGUGUCCUAUGAUGACCGGGUUUGCCCAACAGAAAGGUAUGAAGGAGGCUCUCCUGGACCAUGAAAUGGUGCAGACACUGACCAGAUCAGGGGGAAUGGGGCUUCGCAGAAACCCAGCAGAUGGAGGAGAGGGACCCAUAACAACAGAACCAGAGGAGCUCUUCCUCAGUCAGAGUCUCCUCUUUGGAUCACAGGUUGCCUACGAGAUCCAUUGCUAAGGGAAUUGUGCUUUGACAUGAUACAAUAAAUUGAUGGACUUAAUUAUAGACAUUAAAGGAAAUCACCUUGGUACAAUGAUUUGAAGCAUCAGAAUAUCAUUUGCUCUUAAAAAGGGAGAGCGCCAGUUAGUGGUUGCUAGGGGAAACCUGCCUCUAAGAGAUGCUCAUCUGAUUGAUUGUAUGACAUUAAGAUGGGUCAGGAGCACAAACAGUGAUAAUUAAAGGGAAAAUAACAACUGGACCAUACCUUUCUGUCUCCACGUCAACCCUUUAAAAAUAAUUGUUAAGUGGCUAACAUUGUCAGAAAUGGUUAAUAUGACAGUUAAUCUAAAUCCUCACAGAGGAGGCUGAAACAAUGCAGCGCAUAAUGGCAACUAACAUUAUGGAUUAAAACAGUGAUUCAUACUUUGUAUUUAUUCUUUUCUUUAGGUUUUGUUUUGUGCGUUUGUUCAGUGUUUUGUGUAAAUAUAAUAAAGCUGAUUUUCACUGUGAAGUACAGUUGUUUUGUGGAUGCUGUUGCAGUUCCCAUUAACAUUAGACCUAAGCCAAUCCUCUUACUGAAACUGCCUUGUCAUUACUCAUAUGUGUGAGUGGGUGUUGGUGGGUUGUUUUGUUUAAAGAUGUUCAUUUUGAAUGCAGCUGCAAGUCUUUUGUUACAUUUCUACCACAGUAUUGUAUUCCUUGGUGUUAACAUGUUGUGUUUUUUUUAACUUAUUUGUUGCAGCACUAGAGCAAGGGAUUAACGUUUCUAUUAUCUGAAAUUGAAUCUUUGGUAUUAUUAAUUCUAUUAACAUUACUCUGUAACAACCAUUUAAUGUGAAUAUUGUACAUUUUGUCCUUGGUUUCUACAUAA